GCAAAAUAACGAAACAAUAAUAAAUUUCCCACCAUUUUCCAAAGUGCGAAACAUUAAAUCAAUUUUCCCGCCAAAUCCCAAAAACCCCAAAUAAAGCUUAAAAAAUCCCAAUCACCCGAAACCCCCAAUUAUUUCUUCCCUCGCCAGCCAAUCGAAAAAAAAAAAAAAACCGCUGCAAUGACGGAGCAAGUAGAAGAAGAAGAACAAAACCCCACCGCCAUAGACGAGCCGCCGCACAAGCUCGAGCUGCCGACUCGGCGAGUGAAGAACAUAAUGAAACUCGACAAGGACAUAAACAAGGUCAACUCGGAAGCCCUAUUUCUCAUCGCUUCAUCCACCGAGCUCUUCCUCCAAUUCCUCGCCGAGAAAUCCGCGCUCGUCACUCUGGAGAAGAAGAAACGAACCGUACGGAUCGAUCAUAUUCGAGCUGCGACGAAACGACACCGUCCGACCGCAGAUUUCCUGCUCGAUUCUCUCCCGAUGCCACCUCAGCCGUCCGAUCAUCAAAAUAAUCCCCCAAAAGAUAGGGCCAAAUCGAAGACAGAUAAGAAGCCUGUUCCUUUCGCCACUAAGUCAAUUGAUGCUUUCUUUCACAAAUCCACUUAGAUUUGAACUUGUUUUUAUUUAUAUUAUUUC